UCAGCAGGAGCACCGCAGAGCACCAUUCUCCCCGUGAAGUGUAACAUCGCGAUGGGAAGAAAGGGGGUCCGGAAAAUGUUGAAUGCUCCUCCCAAACGACACAGACAUUACGGCCCGACGAAGAUUUUACGAGUACGCAAAGCAGCAGUUGAGGUUAUGGAUGAGAGUGAGAAUGAUGCAAGUUCGUCAUCGGACUUUCACGGAUUUGAUGUGCCCCCGGACCCUCGACAUCCGAUAAUUAAUGACAGAGAUUUGCCCAAGGCAAGGGUUUUAUCUAUGUUUGAUGGUAUUGGAGCAGGCAGGGUAGUUUUAAGACGCCUAAACAUAGCUGUUGAAAAAUAUUGGUCGCUGGAGAUUGAUGAGAAUUGUAUACGAGUACUUCGAGAAAAUCAUUCUGACAUUACACAUCUGGGCUCAGUGACAGACUUUCAGCAUGGCAGCGUGGCCAACGCUGGCCGCAUAGAUAUUUUGCUAGGAGGCAGUCCCUGUGGGGAGAUCAGUUUAGCAAACCCAUUCGGCAAAGGACUCGAUGAUCCAACAGGCCAAUCUUACCUAUUUUAUGACUAUGUCCGUGUGCGAAACCAGCUGAAGGCUGCUGCAGACGCAAAGGGACAGAGGUUCUUCUGGUUAUUUGAGAACACAUCCCACUUAAAAAAGGAAGUUCAAGCAACCAUGUCGAAGGAACUGGGCUGCGAGCCAUUUCAAGUAUGUGCUAGCAGAUUUAGUGCAACGAAAAGGAAACGCCUGUUCUGGUCUAAUAUACCUGUCAUUUAUGAUAGCUUGGAGCCUCAGGGGAGGAAGAUAUCACUCCAAGAAUAUUUAGGCCUUGUUCGCGUAGCUCAGGUACCUCUUGCCAAAACCAUAACCACAAAUAGGGCUGGGCAGAAGAGCUCAUCAGGGAAGUUGCCCGUUACCUACGAGGGAAAAGAAGAAUAUCUAUUCGCUCGAGACAUUGAACUUCUACUUGGAUUCCCUGCUGGAUACACAGAUUACGGAGGAAUGUCUAAUUCUACUCGCACUGCAUUACUGGGCAGGAGCUGGUCAGUUGAUGUUGUCAUGGCAAUUCUCUCGCCACUGAAGGACUUUUUCAGGAGAGAGCAUCAAGGCCGGGGUUUACAGUUAUAGUUAUAGAAAAUUUGUGGAAUUAAUUUCUGACAAUCACUGGACUUGAAGGGAAUGUACUUCACCAUGAGUCACUUCAUAGCUGACUGGCUCUGGGAGUGAACUGCUCAUGAUUAAUAGUGUUUCAGUGACAGAAUUAACUUCAUCCGAAUGUUAUGGUUGAAGCCUGAUUGUCCUUGUAAAUAAACCAAUAAAAUGUGGCAGAUCACGUCCAUGGAGUAGUAUUAGUUAAUAUGUGAUGCUCUCUGCAUUGAUACUGUUUAUAGUCGUAGUUAUAAUUAAAGAAAAACUGUGGCAAUAAUUUCUGACAUUAACUGGACUUGGAGGGAAUUAACUUGUACUGAAAGUGGAAGUACUUUCUAUAUUUUUAUUUACCAAAUCAUACAUAAACUGUAUCCAGACCGAUUGUAUAUUAUAUCUUUUUCUACUAAUAAAAUGUGGAAAACCAUGUCCAUGGAGUAGUAUUACUUAAAAAUCGAUUCUCUCUGCAUUGUCACUGUGUACAGUCAUAGCUACAGUGAUACAAAAGUUGUGGAAUUAAUUUCUGACAUUAACUGGACUUGAAGGGAAUGAACUUCAAGACAUAUACAUUCAUAGUUUUCCUUGUCUUGGUUGUUCCUACUGGAGUUAUUCUUCUCACUUAACAUGCUUACACACUAACAAAUUCAGAGCGGUACUCUGCACAAAAUGCCUGCUCUGCAGUGCAUAAAUAACCAGCAUUUGUAUGGAUCUUUCUGGAAAAUAACAUUGGAUACUGGCCGUGCUUAC